CUUAAAUUAUUUAAAUAAUUAGAUGUCUAAUCGUCCAUACAGUAAUGCCCCCCCUGCUUAACCAUUGGCUACAACUUAAGCACAUAAAUUUGGUCAACCAACAUUAUAAUAACCAGUUCCAUAGGUAAUUAGUUAUUUAUAUACUUAGUAUGGGGUACCAUUGUAACAAUCUCCAAUCCGAUAAUCAUAUAUCCAACCUGUUCAAUAUGCUCCAGCUCCAUAACCAGUUUAAUAUGUUUAACAACCAGUGCAAUAUGUUCAACAACCAGUUUAGUAUGUUCAAUAGCCUGUUUAACCAGUUUAAGUGUAAUCAGUUCAAGUACAAAUUUUUAAUAUUAAUUUAUAGCAUCAAUCAAUAAAAGGAGAGUCAAGAAUAGAAUAUGUUCCAUAUUAAAAGGCUGUGGUUGAAUAUGAAGAAUAGGAAGUAGUAUAAUAUGUUCCAAGAGAAAGAAAAGUGACAGAUUAUUAUGCUGUUGAGUAUUAAACUGAAUAUGUUCCUUAAGUAUUUUAAGAGAAGUAUACAGGUAAAAUAAUAUAUUUAAUAAAUAGAAUAUGUACCUGUUGACAGAUAUUAAGAAAGAGUAGAAUAUUAUCCAGUUGAAAGAUAAGUUGUUCAUCAAUAAGUCUAACCUGUCUAAUAAGUUGUAUAAUAAUCAGUCUAAGUUGUUUAAUAACCUGUUUAUCAAUAAUAAUAAGUCUAAGUUGUUUAAUAACCUGUUUAUCAAUAAUAACAAGUUUAUUAAUAACCAGUCUAAUAUAUUUAAUAACCUGUUGCUUAUACAUAACCAUUAGUAGCAUCCAGAGUUGUUCCAUAAAGUUUUGCACCAACAUAUGCAUAAACUUAUGCACCACCUUUUGGAUAAUAAUUCUAACCAUAAUAAUUCUAACCAUAAUAAAUCCCAUAAUAAACAAAACCAUUAUAAUAAUAGGCUCCAAGAUCUAAUGUUGCACAACAAUGAAACCAUAUUCAUUAUAUAUCAAAAAUUCAUGUCAAU